AUGGCUUCGUCUCAGAAUUCACUGGAGAAAAACCUCAAGUGUUCGAUUUGUUCGGACAUUUUUAAGGAUCCAGUCCUUCUCUCCUGCAGUCACAGCUUCUGCGCGGCCUGUCUGGACAAGUCUGGUAAUGUAAAGCCUACAAUAGAAUGCUCAAUCUGCAAGUCUGAGGUCCAGCAGACAGAGGAACAGAUAAAGGAGGAGUUUGAGAAGCUCCAUCAGUUCCUCAGAGAUGAAGAAGAAGCCAGGAUCACUGCACUGAAGCAGGAAGAGGAGGAGAAGAAGCAGAAGAUCAAUGAAAAAGUUAUGGAGAUUGAAAAAGUGUGGUCUGGUCUCUCUGAACGGAUUAAAAAGACAGAGGAUGAUAUGAAGGGAGAUGAGAGCUUGUUCAUACAUAACUUCAGAGAUAUUGAAGAGAGAACUAAGUUCACAGAACCAGAUCUAGAGCUGGAUUUAGGAGCUCUAAUUGACGUGGUCAAGCAUGUAGGGAACCUGAAAUUCAGAGUGUGGGAGAAGAUUAAGGACAUCUGUCCCUACUAUCCAGUACUUCUGGUGCCAGGAAGCAGAACAUCAAACCUUCAACUCUGCAAAGAUUUCAUUAGUGUAAGAGCUAACCCAAAUACCACUUCUCAACUAGUUUCAAACAGCCUCCCCCCAGCCAUCCUGGGCUCAGAGGGAUUCACCUCAGGAACUCACAGCUGGACUGUGGAGGUUGGAACCAGUGAUCACUGGGCUGUGGGGAUAACCAGUAUAUCUGGUAAUCGUUUAAAGAAUCCUGGUUCAAAAAUUGGUCUGUUUAAUGGCAAAUCCACGUGGGAUUCAACAGCGCCCAAGUUUACUAAAGUUCGGGUGAAGCUGGACUGUGAGAAUCGUCUAGUAGAGUACACAAACCCUGAUAAUAAUACAGUACUACAACGAAAAAAUUAUGUAAUUGCUGCAACAAUGUACCCAUAUUUUUAUACGCUCAGUCAAGAUCCACUGAAGAUUCUACCAGCUGAGGUCUCAGUCACUAUGCCAAUAGAUUAGACCUCACUUACAGUUACUCUACUCGAACUGUUUUAUUCUACCAUUCAGCUGUUUUAAAGAAAAAAAUCUAUUGAUUAUUUGUAUAAAAUCUGUUUCACAGGGUCUGAACUGGUUCUGCACAUUUUUGUGAUAUAUUUGUAUGCUGAAUAUUUCUGGAGAGUAAAGUAUAUUGCAUUGUAAUUGAUAAUUUAGAAACCAGCAGACAAUUGCAAACAUAAAUUUACAUGAUUAUGCCAAGAAUUUUCUGUUAGUAGAGAAGCACCAGUGAACACCACAAGUGAAUGACUGUACUCAUUGAGUAAAUUAACCAAAAGAAGUUAUU